AUGGCGGCUCUUUCCGCGUCUUCCGCGCUGACUGCGGCCAGACUUGCAUCUCUUCCGUCGGCCCAUUCUUCCUUCUCUCCGCUGCGAUCGUCGGGAACAACUCCGCGGUUCACGUUCCGCGUACGCGCAGACGCAGCGGGCGGGGACGCGGAAUCCGCGGUUGAGAAUGCGCCCGCUCCGCCCAAGAAAAAGACGAUUCGGCGCGUGAAAAAGCCGGAAGGGGGAAGCGCGGCGGAUGAUCUGCUUGCGCCGGGGCGAUCUGUGGAGGAGCGCGGUGUGACUGUAGAGGGCGUGGCUAAAGUGGAUCGCGGAGAGAGCUCGUCCACGCUCGCGCGUGCGCUCCUCACAGCGGGCGGAGAUGCGGCAGUGUUGAUUCUCUUCGCCUACAUCGGCAGAGCAACGCACGUGUCUGCUGCCAUAGACUGGGAGCUCAUCAAAACCGCCCAGCCAUUUCUUGCUGGCUGGUGCAUCUCGGCCAUCAUUUUCGGCGACUACAGCGUUGGCAGGCCUCUGCCUGCAACACCAGGAGACGCUGCCAAGGAGGCAGGGAAGACGUGGGCGCUGGGCGUGCCGGUGAGUGGUGUGGAGGUGUUGAGAGGAGUGCUGGGGGCAAGUAAGGGGAGACGUUGCCAAGGCGGCAGGAAGACUUGGGCGCUGGGUGUGCUGGUGAGUGCUGUGGGGGUGUUGGGAGGAGUGGCGGGAGCAUUGCAUGUGAUGACGCUUCCAAGGCUAGAGGCAGCUGCCAAGGUGGCAGGGAAGAUCUGGGCGCUGGGCGUGCUAGUAACUAGGCAUCGCGUUCCGCAGUCUCAUCAAGGGCCAGCCCCCCCAGCUGCCGUUCCUAGCAGUCACCAUUGUCAUGACCUCACUUCUCAUUCUCGGCUGGAGGGCUGCCCUCACUCCGGCUCUGCCUUACAAUCGCCCUUCUCUCCCCCUCCGCUCCCCCUUCUCCCCCACUCCUCUCCCCCUCCUUCUACCCAACUCCAGCUAGGCAUUGCGUUCCGCAGUCUCAUCAAGGGUCAGCCCCCUCAGCUGCCCUUCCUAGCAGUUGCCAUCGUCAUGACCUCACUGCUCAUGCUCGGCUGGCGGGCUGCCCUUGCUGCAGCUCUGCCGGGAGAUGGCGGGGAGAAGUCCAAGCUGGACCGCAAGGGGAGCGUGUUCGAGCUGCUGGAGGUGAGUAGUGGGCUGUGA